CAAAUGACAAACAGACACUUGUUAUAUGCAUGGAUUUCAUAGUCAACUCAGCGAAGAUAUUACGUGCGAAAUUCCUGUUUGGAAAGGAACCGAAACCUCUCUUUUGAAUUUGGAUUCAUGCUGUGUAUUUAAUUUAUCUUUGAAUUUGAACUUCUUUCUCGUUUUGCAUAUAAAAUUUGCCGUCCAUAUGACAACAGGAUAAUAUAGUGCACCACUUCCGCGUUGUGGAAUGUUCAAGUAAAAUCUCAACAGUGGGUUAAUGCAGAGCAAAGACUGUAUUGUGAAAAAGUUUAGCUUAAAAGUGAUAUUUUAGAUAUGCGCAUUCUUUUGCUUCUGCUGUUUGGUUUUGAGGUCAUCUCAUUUGUACCAACCAGAGCACAAAAUGAUAGACAAUAUGUUGUACGGGACGGCGAUGAAGUUGAAAUAAAAUGCUCUCCAGGCAAUAUCAGUGGCAGCUUCAUCAAAUGGGACGUUCCCGAUGUGCUAACGAAUCUCACCAUUUCUCGGAAUUCGAGUUUAAAUGUAAAAAAUCCUAGAACGAGCUCGCUGCAAGGGUUGUUUAACGUCUCGUGUCUCGUGAGCGGCAGCGUUAACGGGAGCAAUCAAACCAAUGGAACAACAACUGAACGGAUUUUGUAUCAAGUUGUGUUGUACAAAGCGCCAAAAAUCACCACUGAAGCAUUUGACGUAACAUUAAUUAGUAUCAAAGAAGGCGAUCCUCAUCGCGAUGUAAUUUUUCCAUGCAAGACUAUAGGAUACCCAAGACCAUUUAUCAAUUGGGUUUUCGGUGAAGUUACCCUGAACUUCACUAGUGGUGGGAUUUCUGGACCAAUCAUUUUUGACCACAAUUUAAAUCGCGUUACAACGAUGUUUCAAGUGUUUAAAAAUGGUACGUUGCGUAUUUCUAAUGCAAACUACAAGGAAAGCGUACCAUAUAACAAUUUCACCUGCGUCGCCUCAUCGUUCAUUGGCGUUGACAGAGUAUCACAUGUGUUUUCAAUCGGAACUGUCGAAAUCUACCUAUUCGAGAUAUUUCUAGUCAAUGCAAGUCAAUAUGGCACCCAACGCAAGGACAUUGUGAAAAAGAUUGAAAGUGUAUUUGAAAAUAGCCUGUCCCUUCGGUCGAUAAAUGUUACUCAUGUGAAUCUCACGUCUGGGAAAGUUGAUAUUGUUCUGACUUGGCUUACAAAAACCCUCGAGGACAAGAAGUAUCUUGAAAAAGAAGGCAAUGAUUAUCUUCUCAAAUCUCACGAAUUGGCUAGUGAUGUACGCAAGAGACUUGUGGAUAAUGGAGUCGCCAUAGCUAAAUUUAUAAUGGAUGCUAAACCAGGCCCAGCCAUCGAUUUAACCGUGAACGAUGUAUCAGAAACAACAGUGAGUUUUAGCUGGAAAAAUCCAGAAAAUUUUAUAAUCGAUGAAUACCAAAUACAAUUUACUGAAGGCGGAUCUGAAUGGAAGAAUUCAGAUAAGAUUCCUGGUAGUAAAAAAAGCACAGUCCUUGAUGGACUCGAAGAAGGAACAAAGUAUCUGAUUAGAUUGCAAUCCAUAAAUAAAAAUGGAGUUGGUGAUUAUGAAUCCAAGCCCGUCGAGGCUAACACAGAUGGCAAGCGACUUUAUGUGAUACGAGACGGCGGUGAUGUGGAAAUAAAAUGCUCGCCUAGCAGUUCUAAUUUCAGCAACAUCACCUGGGACGUUCCUGAUGAGUUUCCAAACUUCAACGUUACUCGAAAUUCAAGUUUGAUCGUGACAAAUCCUAGAACGAGUUCGCUGCAAGGGUUGUUUAACGUCUCGUGUCUUGCGAGCGGCAGAAAUAACGGGAGCAAUCAAACCAAUGGAACAACAACAACUGAACGGAUUUUGUAUCAAAUUGUGUUGUACAAAGCGCCAAAAAUCACCACUGAAGCAUUUGACGUAACAUUAAUUAGUAUCAAAGAAGGCGAUCCUCAUCGCGAUGUAAUUUUUCCAUGCAAGACUAUAGGAUACCCAAGACCAUUUAUCAAUUGGGUUUUCGGUGAAGUUACCCUGAACUUCACUAGUGGUGGGAUUUCUGGACCAACCACUUUGAUCCACAAUUUUAAUAAAGUUACAACGUUUUUUCGAGUGUUUAAAAAUGGUACGUUGCGUAUUAAUAAUGCAAACUACGAGAAUAGCGUACCAUAUAACAAUUUCACCUGCGUCGCCUCAUCGUUCAUUGGCGUUGACAGAGUAUCACAUGUGUUUUUAAUUGGAACUGUCGAAAUCUACCUAUUCGAGAUAUUUCUAGUCAAUGCAAGUCAAUAUGGCACCCAACGCAAGGACAUUGUGAAAAAGAUUGAAAGUGUAUUUGAAAACAGCCUGUCCCUUCGGUCGAUAAAUGUUACUCAUGUGAAUCUCACGUCGGGGAGGGUUGAUAUUGUUCUGACUUGGCUUACAAAAACCCUCGAGGAUAAGAAGUAUCUAGAGAAAAAAGGCAAUGAUUAUCUUCUCAAAUCUCACGAAUUGGCUAGUGAUGUACGCAAGAGACUUGUGGAUAAUGGAGUCGCCAUAGCUAAAUUUAUAAUGGAUGCUAAACCAGGCCCAGCCACCGAUUUAACCGUGAACGAGGAAUUAGAAACAACAGUGAGUUUUAGCUGGAAAAAUCCAGAAAAUUUUAUAAUCGAUGAAUACCAAAUACAAUUUACUGAAGGCGGAUCUGAAUGGAAGAAUUCAGAUAAGAUUCCUGGUAGUAAAAAAAGCACUGUCCUUGAUGGACUCGAAGAAGGAACAAAGUAUCUAAUUAGAUUGCAAUCCAUAAAUAAAAAAGGAGUUGGUGAUUAUGAAUCCAAGCCCGUCGUCGCUACCACUAAAGAUACCGUGCCAGUCACCAUAAUCGUUGUAGUUGUUGUUCUUGUCGUUGUGGUGGUGAUCGCAUUGAUUGUAGCUUUUGUGUAUUACCGUAAGAGAUUAAAGGAUGCUCCGAUUGUGGAGAUAAUACCAUUACAGAACGAGCCCUACAUGUUUUCACUACCUGGAGUCCACACCACCAACAUUUACGAACGCGACCAUCGAACUUUUUGUCCUUACGGUGGGAGUGCUUUCCAGGGGGCCGCCGAGCCCAGUGAAAAGGAGUACUUCUCGUGGCGGGAAAUUCCUCGUGAGUCGCUCGAUAUGAAAAAUGAGCUGGGUCAAGGAGAAUUUGGCAUGGUGAUGAAAGCCAUAUGGACCGACCAAGAGAACAAUGCCCCACUCCCCGUGGCUGUUAAGACAAUCAAGGACACUGCAACGGAGAAUGACCGCAAAGAGCUCUUCAAAGAGUUAAGAUUGAUGUCGGAAAUAUCAGAUCAUCCGAAUAUUGUCAAAAUGAUUGGAGCUUGCUCAAAAGGAGGUCCUUUGUGGAUUGUUGUUGAGUUGUGUGAACACGGAAACUUGCUGAGUUUCCUUCGUAAGAAUCGAAAAGAAAUCUUGGAAAGGCAAGGUGACUACAUCUCGUCACUCGACCCUCUGCUUCGAGUGAGAAUCGGCUACGACGUGUCGAAGGGAAUGCGUUAUUUGGAAGACAAAAAGAUCGUGCACAGAGAUUUGGCGGCAAGAAAUGUUUUGUUGGGAAAGAAUAAGGUCGCCAAAAUCGCUGACUUUGGUUUAUCACGUGAUAUCUACGAUGAGGGAACUUACGAGAAAAAAACUGGGGGAAAGCUACCAAUCAAGUGGAUGGCCAUCGAAUCUUUAACAGACCAGACUUACGAUUCAAAAAGCGAUGUGUGGUCGUUUGGAAUUCUCUUGUGGGAAAUAGAAACCGCUGGAAGGGCACCGUAUCCGGGUAUUCCUGGCAGAGAUAUUAGUCAUCAUCUUUUGAAUGGUUUCCGGAUGGAUAAACCUGACGAAACACCUUUUGAAAUCUUUGACAUUAUGAAGAAGUGUUGGGAAGCAAGUCCAAAACUCCGGCCACAUUUUGCAGAGAUCGAGACUAAGCUCGAAGCCUACCUUGAAGAAAGAUCGGAUUAUUUACCAGUGCUAAUUGAAGAUGACACGGCCGAGGACGCCGAAGAGGCUUACUAUAACUAUAUUGUUGGCAAUGAAGAAGAGGAGGACUCGACCUUAUGAAAAAUCAAUACACUGAGAUUUGUUGGAAUUUAUCGACCUCGGAUCUUUUAAUAGGGACAAUAUGACGGUAAUAUUUUCAAUGUUUUAUAUAUAUGUUCUGAUUUGGACCUUCUGAAGGGGUCUCUAAUAUUUAUAAUUGCAUCGUACAUGUUGCAUGUGACUUCUGGUAAAAUAUGCUCUAAAAUAUAAAUAUACACACAUAUGACAUAAUAUUUUUUAACACGAAUGUGAACGUGAAUGAUACAAGUAUGAACAAGAAAUUAUUUAACGGAAACAUUUUGUAUACGUGUGCACGUUCUGUAACGAACGUUUAUCAUAUUUCUAAUUACGUGUCCAAUACAAAUUUA